AUGGCUGAAAGUGGCCCAUCUUCAUCCCCAAAACCCCUGCAACCCUCAAACCCCAAUAGCAUUGACCCAACUGCAGCAUCAACAGCAGCAGCCACAAACAUUAUAAUUAACCAAAACCCAUCAAACUCUUCCUCAAACCCACCAAUUCCAUCCCCUUCAGCUCUCGCCCAAUCUCCUCAAAUCUCAUCCCCUCCCCUCCCUCCUUUGUCCAACAUCUCUCUCCCUCAAAACCAACAUAUUACACCCACUGUUGGAUUAGAUUACACACAAAAAUUGAACCAACCGCAGCAGCAACAGCAAUCUCAGUCAUUGGUGCAACAAUCCCAAAAUGUGAAUGUGAAUUCCAUGUCCAAUUACCAGCUCCAGCAGACCCUGCAGAGGUCUCCUUCGAUGUCCCGAGUGAACCAACUUCAGCAACAGACUCAGAACCAGCAGCAGCAGCAGCAGCAUUUUGGUAUGAUGAGGCAGCAGGGGGGUUCGUAUCCGCAGGUGAAUUUUGGUGGCGCCGGUGCUAUUCAACAGCAGAAUCAGCUGCAACAGCAAAACCAGCCACAGCAGUCACAGCAACAAAUUGGUGGCGGAAACUUGUCGCGAUCUGCUUUGAUGGGGCAGAGUGGCCACUUACCCAUGUUGUCUAGCGCUGCUGCUGUGGCAGCUGCACAAUUCAAUCUGCAGCCGCAGAUGUUGGCCUCGCCGAGACAAAAAGGAGGGCUCGUCCAAGGUUCCCAGUUUCAUGCAGGUAAUUCUCCUGCGCAAUCUUUACAAGGGACACAAGCAAUGGGGAUGAUGGGAUCCAUCAAUUUAGGUUCUCAACUAAGAGCUAAUGGGGCACUCGCUUCUUAUGCUCAACAGAGAAUGAACCCGGGCCAACUUAGGCAACAAUUGGCCCAACAAAGUUCUCUCACCUCUGCACAGGUUCAGAGCUUGCCAAGAACACCUUCACUUGCAUUUAUGAACCCUCAGCCAUCUGGGUUGACUCAGAAUGGACAGCCAGCGAUGAUACAGAAUUCUUUAUCACCACAGUGGUUGAAGCAAAUGCCAACAAUUUCUGGCACUGGCUCACCUUCAUUCCGUCUUCAACAGCAGAGGCAGCAACAGGCUCUCUAUCAGCAGCAGUUGGCUUCGCAAAAGUCUAUGCCCUUGAACCAGCAACAGUUUUCCCAGCUUGUACAGCAGCAGCAGCAACUGAGCCAUCCACAGCUCCAACAGCAACAGCAGCUGCAGCAGCUGCAGCAGCAUCAACAACAGCAGCAGCAAAUACAGCAACAAUCACAGUCACAGCAACUGCCCUUGAAUCAGCAGCAGCAGAACUCCCCGAGAAUGGCUGUACCUGCAGGCCAGAAAUCUCUUAGUUUAACAGGAUCACAGCCUGAUGCUACUGCAUCUGGUACAACUACACCAGGAGGAAGUUCAAGCCAAGGAACAGAAGCAACUAACCAACUUCUUGGGAAGAGAAAGAUACAAGAUUUAGUCUCUCAGGUUGAUUCACAGGGAAGGCUGGAUCCUGAAGUUGAAGAUCUUCUCUUGGAGAUUGCCGAUGACUUCAUUGAUUCUGUGACAACAUAUGCAUGCAAUUUGGCAAAGCAUAGAAAAUCUUCAACUUUAGAGUCCAAGGAUGUGUUGCUACACCUAGAGAAAAAUUGGAAUUUGACAAUUCCUGGAUUUUCAAGUGAAGAGAGGAAACACCAAAACAAAUCUUUGUCAAGUGAUCUACACAAGAAGCGUUUAGAUAUGAUACGGACGCUGAUGGAAUCAUCGCACCUGGAAACGAAUACCAAUAAUCCUAAAGAGAUGAUGAGAGGGUUUGGCAAUCCAGUUGGUGCCAACCACUUAAGACCUUCACUUGGUGCAGAACAGUUGGUUUCACAAUCAACUGGUUCUCAAAUGCUGCAGCAAAUGACGCGAUUCUAA